CUGAGUUAACAUCUCUAUUGUUUCUGAGUGACACAGCAUGUUGACUGGCUGUCCCACGGUAAUCACGAGGUGUCGUGACGUGGAGCCUGUGACGUUUCAGGGGCAUCCCCGCAGGGUUGUCGGUCAGCUCAGGCAGCAGCAGCAGAGCAACCACACAGGAGGAGCAACACGGAUCCAAAACAUGGCUUUAAAUAGGAACCAUUCGCAGAACGGCGGCGUUUUGAUAAACGGCGGGGAGAGUGUUGUCAGAGAAUGUAAGAAUGUGGAGCUGUCAUUCAGUGAUGUCACGUCCAAGACAGACCUGCUGAAGGGGACCAAGAAGGGCAUAGUUUACCUCACACCAUACAGGAUGGUGUUUGUGUCCAGUAAUACAAAAGAUAUCCUGGGUUCAGCUAUGUUUCCCUAUUACCUGAUGAAGGGCUGCAGUAUUGAGCAGCCAGUCUUUGGAGCUAACUUCAUCAAAGGGACUGUUUCAGCUGAACCUAGUGGUGGCUGGGAAGGCCAGGCCCAUUUCAAGAUGUCAUUCCCUAGUGGAGGAGCCAUUGAAUUGGGACAGCAUCUCUUCAAACUGGCUACAAAUGCUUCUCGUGCCGGUCCUCCUCAGAAUGGUGUGGCUUCACAUGGAUAUCCUUCACCCGGUGUGAUGAGUGGCUAUGGUCCGCCUCCACCUGCUCCUAAUGGCUACGCCUAUUCACAGGCUCCGCAGCAUAAUGGAUUCUACCAGGGGCCACCUCCACCUGCUCCUGGCAACAUGGGCUACCCCUACCCACCAGCCGCUGCAGGAAUGUACCCCGCCAGUUAUAACUACAUGGCCCCACCCCCACCAUAUCCAGGGCCACCCCAAAAUUGGACUGCACCCCCCCAAAACUGGACGGCAGCGGCACCACCACCACCUCCAGGUAACUCCAAGGCGGCUGAGGCAGCAGGCAGCGCAUAUUACAAUCCCAGUAAUCCACACAAUGUCUACAUGCCAGCGGAGCGGCCUCCACCAUAUGCACCGUACCCAGAAUCUCCUAACAAGAAAAACAACUGAGGCUGAGGCAUCAUUACAUACAUGACUCUCCUUUCCUCCUUUGUAUAUUUUAAAUAAAUAAAUGCAUAUACACACACAUAUGUAUGUAUACAGUAUAUAUAUAUAUGUGUAUAUAUAUAUGUGUAUAUGUGUAUAUAUGUAUACACAUAUAUAUUUAAAAUCAAGGACGUAAUGUUGAUGGAUACGCACUCAAAAUUUAGAAUACAGAAAAGAAAAAGCAAGUAAUGGAGGUCUCAAUUAUGUAUUAUUAAGUCAUAAUUAAUUUUUUCAUGAUCAUUUGGUACUGGAAAAGCUUUCAUCAUGAUAACAUCUUUUCAAUGCAGUUUAUUCCAUAUACUUAAGGUCAUUUAAAAUGAUUGAUAAUGUAAAUCUCUCGCUUUUCAGAGCCUUAUCAUCAGUAACCUUCACAGUGAUAGGAUUAAUUUUAUUUCUGUCUAGGUCUCUAGUACGUGGAUAAGGGCACAGAAACCGUAUUAAGAGCCGAGAGGAGGAGUUAGUGUGGGGAAUGUAUUUUUUAAGACAGAUUUACUACCAAAACAUUUUUGUAGCAAUUGACUUGAUUGUAAUUGCAGAUCGUUUAGAUAUUAGCAACUCCUAUGAUAAACAGUGAACUAUUUUUGCAGUAUCAUUGCAAGUUCUGUGUGUGUGUUUCAUAUACAGAUAUCCACUAAGUAUUUGUUGUCUGUAUAUAAAAGCAGACCUGGGUUUGAAAAGUGUUUAUAAUACAGAAGUUGACUAAUUCUCAUAGAUAAUAUUUCCUUCAUAUAUGACUAGUGUGAUCCUGUUUUACAAGUAAUUCCUGUUUGUCUGACCCAUGUUACGGUUCUAUAUAUAUAUAUAUAUAUAUAUAUAUAUAUAUAUAUAUAUAUAUAUCCAAUGUUUUUGAAUUGCGAUGUUUGUGCAAUAUUUUAACACACUAUAAGGUCAAAGGUGAGUUCCAUGAUUGACAGGUUGACUUCUAUUGUAUUCAUGUAUGCAAAGCUAAGCUGAAACCACAGCUCUGCUGUUUGAGUAAUUACACAGAUGUGAGGUGACAGGGCCACAACAAUAUAACGUGGGUGUUUCUCAUGAGUGUUUCUUUUGCUGUUCAUCACUUUACACCUGUUUUGAAGGACUAUUUGCACAUAGUGUUAGAGGAGUAUUUUUCAUUUUCACUGAGUUUUAGUUGUCUUGAAUUGAUCUAUUCUCGGUAUAUUCAUCUCUUUUGCAGUUCUAAUUCCUUUUGCUGAAUUUUGUCUGCGAGUUCAAAUCUAAUAUGUCAUUUAUUAAAUUUCACAAACCUGAA